AUGGGUAGUGGAUCGUCCAGACCUAUGCACGAAAAUAAUAGCCCAAGCAGUACGAAUGCUAGACAAACUCCUAAACGAAGUCCAUCACAUAAAAGGACACAUCAAACAAUGCCUUCCAGAACACCAGCCAAAACACCUUCCAAAACAUCACCCAGUCCGAACACUAGAACAUCUCCAAAAACGACUUCUAGAACACCGUCCAGAACCCCAUCCAGAUCACCCCCUAGAACACCGCCCAGCACAUCCGCAACAACACCUCACAGAACACUACCCAGAACAUAUCAUGCGAGGAGACUUGCAAAUGAAUAUGAUAGUCCAAAGAAAUCCCCGCGUUCGGAAUCGUGUAAAAAUAGAACUCCAAAAACCAGAACAUGUCCGAGACCAGUUGCACGGAGUCCGAAAUGUAAUAUUAGUUGUGAAAACAGUGAAAACGACAUGUCUGAGUUGCGACAAGAACUCGAGCAUAUCAAACACGAUUUAAAGAAACAAAAAAAAUAUAGAGCUGCAUUGCAAUUGGCAACUAUUGGCUCAGAUUGCAGUGUAGACACUGUUUAUAGUGAUGAGUCAGUUGUAGACGUCCAUUUCUAUUGUAAAAAGAGAGACAAAUCGAAUACUUGUUGUAACGGACAAAUGAGUGAUACUUCUGACGAUACAUCUUCGGAAACUGAUGAUGAUACAUGUGAUAACUCUUAUACCAGUGAUUCUACCGACACAGAAUGUGGAUAUGAUACAGCUGAUUCAUAUUACUCAGAUGAAUCGGAGGAUAGAAGUAAUACAUGUGUUACUGCUUUUGAAGAUUAUUCAAGCGACACAGAUAUUAUCGAUGAUGAGUGCAGCUUUGUAUGUGAUACAAUUGAACCGUAUAGUUGCGAUAUUGAAAAGAAGAAAAAAUCAAGGGUAUCACCAUUUGCUUCUCCAUCUGCUCACUCCCGUUUUCGAUCCAUUAAAACUAUUCUAAAGAAAAAACCAGUUUGUAGUACACCCGUAAAAAAACCGUGUACACCAAGAUGUGCACCUAAAUCUCCUCCACGGUGCAAUGUAUCACCCAUCAAAACGCCUUGUAAAAGCUUUAGACAUUCAGAAACGCAGACUCCAAUGCGAGAUCGAUGUAAACCAAGACGUACACCGAAAUCAGCAAAACGAUGCGUAAAGAUGAGUCAAUCACUGAGUUCUUUUUCAUCAUCGGGAACAUCUAGUGUGGAUAGCGUGUGUAAUAAUACGUGUCCUCCAUCCAUGAAAUAUCAGGACAAGUGCCAUAAAGAAAAAGUAAGAUGUGAUUAUACUCCAGCAUGUGAAAAAAAACCUAUCUGCUCUGAACCGCCAAAAACCUGUGCUGAUGCGUGUACGCAAGUGGAGGAUGAGAGGGAAUGUGAAGUCAAGCGUGAUGUACAAAAAGUACAAUGUCCAUAUAGUCCACCACGUCAAGAACCAGUUAUAUGUAAUGCAAAUAUGGAGCCGGUGGAAACUCACAAUGAAUUUGAGGGAACCUGUGAUGAACAGAUAGUACAAUGCCCUUACAUUCCACCAAGUGAAGAAGAACAAAUAUGCUCUGAAGUAGAACCAGAAAUAUCAUAUUCGGAUGUCGCGGUUGCGAUUAAUAAAACAUGUCCUUUGACAAUGAAUGGCUUGGAUCUUCAGGAAUUCGAUAGUGAUUCACAGCAUCUUAAUGCUAAAUCCAGUUUCUGUUUUCAUUGCUUAAAUGCAUAUGAAGCAGUGAUUAAGAAAUUCUUAACAAGUGAAUUGCAAAAACUUACAAGUAAUCAUAACAAAAAAAAUGUGAUACUCACGACUACACUGCAAAAAAAUGGUUUAUAUCACAUCAAUAUAUCUCUAAAGCCUAACGGAGAUUACCUCGGCUGCUUAUAUGCGAAUAAACAAGCUAUUAUGGAGGCAAGCAGAGAAGAGGAAUUCAAACGUUACUUGAACGUUUUUGUAGCGAGUGAUCCAAAAAUGAUUGAUGAGCAUCAAUUUAUUAAUUUUGACAUCAAAUUCGCCAGUUACAAAACAUGA